AGUGGUUUAUCUCCUUUUGUUGAUUGGAGUUAGAAAGCAGACUCAAAGAGGAAGGGGAAUGGAGACGACAGUGGAUAUUGUUAUAGUGGGUGGUGGAAUUGCUGGUCUGGCUACUUCUUUGGGACUUCACAGGUUGGGACUUCAGAGCUUAGUUUUGGAAUCAUCCGAGUCGUUAAGGGUCACAGGGUUUGCGCUUACGUUGUGGACUAAUGCCUGGAAGGCACUCGACGCUCUGGGCAUUGCAGAUUCACUCAGACAACAUUCUCUUCCCAUUACUGAGUUUCAAGUUAUCUCUGCAGAUUCGGGGCUUGAGAAAUCAUCUGUGCCAUUGGAUGUGUACAAGAAUAGAAACAUUGAAUGCCGGUGCUUGAGAAGGAAGCUGUUACUGGAGACAUUAGAGAAAAAACUUCCCCAAGGAACCGUCAAGUAUUCUUCUAAGGUUGUUUUGAUUGAAGAAUCAGGACCAUACAAAUUGGUUCAUCUGGCAGAUGGAUCCCUUGUCAGAACCAAGGUCUUGAUUGGGUGUGAUGGAGUCAAUUCUGUGGUGGCCAAGUGGCUGGGGCUCCAAAAACCAGUUCAUUCCAAGAGGGCGGAUAUUAGGGGAUUUGUCGAGUAUCCAGAGAAACACGGGUUUGAGCCCAAGUUCUAUCUUCUCGUUGGUGCUCAAGUUAACUUUGGCUUUCUUCCUUGUGAUGACAAUGGCAUAUAUUGGUUCUACAAUUUCACUCCAUCCAUUGCCCACUUUGAUCAAAGUGCAAAAAACGACCCCGUUAAGCUGAAGGAGUUUGUGUUGAGCAAGAUCAAGAACGCGCCAAAAGAAGUGAAGGGCGUUGUGGAGAGAACUCCACUCGACAGCAUUUCCUGUGUCGGGUUGAAGCUGAGACUGCCGUGGAAUGUUUUACUCGGAGAUAUUGUCAGAAACAACAUCUGUGUUGCAGGCGAUGCCCUUCAUCCAAUGACACCAGAUAUUGGCCAGGGCGGAUGUUCAGCUCUAGAAGACAGCGUUAUCCUUGCUCGACACCUAGGAGAAGCGUUCUUGUUGAAACCGGGAGGAGGGGUUGCAGAUGAAGAAUUCAAAAGGAUCAAAUAUGGGCUUGACAGGUACGCCAAAGAGAGGAGAUGCCGAAGCUUUCUCCUCAUCACUUGUGCUUACUUGAUCGGUUCCAUUCAAGCGAGUGAUAACCGAGUGGUGAGUUUCUUGAGGGAUAACUUCUUGGCUAGAUACACUUUGGCCAUAGUGUUGGCAAUGGCAGAUUUCGAUUGUGGGAAACUGUUGUCAUCUCGAUCAAGAUAGUAAUUUCAAUACGUAAUUUAUAGUAUUCUCAUUUCAUUGUCACACAAUGAAACAUUUAAGCAUAUCUGCAAAUAAAUUGGUAUUCUCAAA